AUGUGUUACAAGUGCAAACUCAAAGAGCAUUUGGCUGUGGAUUGUAAGUCUUCUGAGCUCAAGAAACUUAAGAUGUAUGGAUUUGGGGUACUAGGACAAGGAUUCUAUGCUUUCAACUUUCCUGAACACAAAGUGAAAAUUCGUCAGACUACUAGUUUGUUAACUGUGAUAGAGGAAGAAGCCACAAAAGCAAAGCUGGACAGGGAUUUGAAGAACUUGGUGAAUGAAAGUUGGGAUUUCAAGGUGAGAAAGAUACAUCCUAAAGAGUUUAUAGUGGUGUUUCCUGACAAGGGGUCUUUGGAUGCAUUCAAUAAACUAUCAAAAUUCCAAAUGUCUAUAUAUGGACUCAAGGAAAAGAUUGAAGAAACAAAUAGGGACCCUGAAACUUUGUUUAUUUUGCAAACCUUUUGGCUCAAAGUUCACAACAUCCCAAAUUUGGCCAAAGAAGAAGAGGAAGUAAAGGAAAUUGUGGGUUUAGUUGUUGAGCCUUUGGUUGUUGAUGAACUUAGUCUGGUGAGAGCUGGACCUAUAAGGGUUCAGAGUAGGUGUAGAAACCCAGGGGCUAUUAAGGGGUCUAUUAAAAUUUUCUUUGAUGGAGUUGGUACUUUCAUCAGGUUUGAAGUUGAGGGUGGUAACUUGGGAACUAUCAAAGGGAAGGGAGGGCCACCUGGUCCUGGUAAACCAGAUGAUAAGGCUGAUAAGGACAGAGACAAAUUCUCCAAGGGGGAUAAGUCCAAAGGAAGCUCAGACAAAUUCAACAGAAUUGGCAAGAUUGACCAAGAGAUGGAAUCUGGGUAG